UAUAACAAGCUAUUGAUGAUUUAUAACUGAACUUCACAGAUUUUCUUAUGAAUUCGGGAUACGAAAGCGCAGAUUCCUCAGACUAUUCAGACUCGGAAGAAAACAUGCUCUUCAGAUUGCUAAAUGAAGAGAAAAUGCUUCAGAAACAGAUUGAAAAACAAGAACUUAAAGGGACAUAUGUUUCUGAAAAGGAUAGAAGAACCUCUCCUUACUUAACAAAAUAUGAGAAAACCAGAAUUAUUGGCACCAGGGCCGAGCAAAUCAAAUACGGAUCACCACUGUGUUAUGGCCAUAGUUGAGAGUACGAUCCUUAUAAGAUAGCUGAAUAUGAGUUGCAGUUAAGGAAAAUCCCUUUCAUCGUAAAAAGACAAAUAAACCCAAUUAAGAAAAUAGAACUCUGGAAACUCUCAGAAUUAUCUUUCGACAGGAUCUCUUUCGAUACUCCAAUUGAGGUAAGCGAGAUCAAUUACAAAGAUUUUAAAAGAGAUCAUAUCAAGGAAGUAAGGAAGAAUCGUGAAAAAUCUGAGAACAAAUUAAUGCUGAAAGAAGAGCCAUUAUCCGGAAGCAGAACAGACACUGAAUACAAUUGGGUAAAAAGUGAAUAAUUCUGGGUA